UGGAUGGAUGGAUGGAUGCCCGCCUACAAUGGCCACCGCCUGUCUGCCUACCCGCUUCUCGGGCCCUCUCUCUCUCUUCGGCUGUCCGUCUGUCUGUCUGUCUGUCUGUCUGAUUGUCGGCCUCGCUGCAAUGGCGCCCGCCUUGUCCUGCUACAACCCGUCCGUCUCGUCUGGUAUUCCUGUCUUCGGAGCUGCUGCUGCUGCUGCUGCGCUCAGCAAGCCGGAUGGAUGCCUGUCGACAAUCCCCCGUCCCUCUGCCUCUAGUGGGCCGACCGUCGAUCGGGUGCGUUCGAGAGGUACAGCAGUGGUCAGACAGACACAGCUGGCAGGCCCUGUUGGGACUCUCUGGCAAGAAACUGGGAACAAACCCCCGUACUUUGCAUGUAUGUGUGUGAGUGUGCUGCCACUGGCCUACAACGAUACAAUGUCCGGUUUCGUGCAGUCAUGCCCGCCGUUUCCUCCGCCCCUUGUUCUGCGCGUUGCUAGCCUCGACGCCCGACGGCCACGCACUAUACCUCGCUACGCCGAGUCGUCUCCCUCUCCCUUUGUGUGUCUGGGAAAGAUGGUGCGUUUCCGCGAUAGGAACCGUCAGCUCACCACGGCCCGGCACAGCGUGAGGGUUGGCCAACAAGAGAUCGGCCAGUGGUGCCUCGCCCGCCCGCUCGCUCGCUCGCUCUCUUUGUCGUCAGCCUGUAGCCCGCAACAGUGGCGUAGGCGGGCUUGGGGCCGUUCCGUGGAACAGGGGCGGUGACGAGACGGCUCAAACUGUCG